AUGUCAUACUUUUUCCUUUCAUCUCUCAAAUAUGAGGUUUCCCCCAUUAUGAUUCUGCCUGCUCUUUAUCAGAUCUUUCAACUUGGUGCUUUCCCUCCUACUCAAAGGCCAAUUCCUCAUGAGGGCUGCAAUCUGGUAUACACUUGGUGGGUCAGGAUUUCUCAGACAUGGCCACCAGGAACUUUCAAUGCUGCCACUCAGUCACUAGUUUGCGCCAUAGAUUUGUAUUGGAUAUGCAUUUCCUGUGGCCUUGUCUAUGGGUCACAGUUAAAGGGCAGUUUGAGAGCCAAUGCAUUAAGCCCAAUCUAUUUCAUUGAAAUAAAAAUACUAAGCACGGGGGGAACUGGUGCGAAAUCUCAGCCGCUGCCUUUGACCAUGCAUUAUCUUGCAUGGAAAAAAAUGCCAUUUAUUUAUUUUUCUCUAGGGGCCAUUGUACAGAAAGUUCAAAAAACUAUGAUGCAAAAUACCAAAUCUGAUGUAUUUUUUGUUCUGCUUACCUUAAUGAAACUGUCACAAAAAAGUUUUUUAGCUUUAUAG